AUGCCCAGCAUGUGGCUUACCGAUAUGCAGAAAAUUGGUGUCGGGUUCUGCUCUGGAGGUGGACUGUUUUUGUUUGGAGGCGUCCUCAUGUUCUUUGACCGAUCGAUGCUAGCCAUGGGCAAUAUCCUUUUCCUGAUCGGCCUGAUCCUCAUAAUUGGCAUUCAAAAGACGUUCGUCUUCUUCGCAAGACGCCAGAAACUGAAGGGGACGGCCGCUUUUAUGACUGGCAUACUUCUCAUCUUGAUCCAUUGGCCAUUGACCGGGUUCUUGAUCGAACUUUACGGCAUCUUUGUUCUGUUUGGGGACUUCUUCGCUACGAUAGCGUCAUUUGCCGGCAAUACUCCAGUCGUGGGUCCGUAUAUCCAAAUGGCUUUACAGAAGAUUUCAAGCGGUAGAAGAAACGCCGAACUGCCAGUGUGA